AUGAUAAUUGAAGAAGGGGGUGAUAAAACAGAAACACAAGUAAUAGAUCUAGAUGCAGAGUUAAGCACAUAUUCUCACUAUACAUUCUCUCCAGAUGAAAUUAUUGGUCUUAGAUCUUUUUUUAAUCAGCGCGAUAUGGAUUCGGAUGGAAGGUUAGGAAAGGAUGAAUUCAAAUGCUUUUUGCAAAGUACCCAUAUGGAUACAAGGUUUAUAGAGGCGAUUUUCCAAAUUUUUGAUAGAAAUAAAGAUGGAUUUUUAACAUUUGACGAUUUCCUUGCCUUUCUUGAUGCAUGCAUUAUUUCAGAGAAGCAUCCAGCUUACUUUUACAAACUUAUUUUUGAUUGUGUUGAUACUGAUCACAACGGCUUCAUCAAUUUAGAAGAAAUGAUCGGAUUUACAGAGCUUUGUGGAAAGAAACUAUCACCAAAUCAAAUAAGAGAUGAACUUCGUUCAAUCGAUAAAGAUAAAAGCGAUACCAUUGAUUUCAAUGAAGUUUGCCUAGCUCUAAAGAUUAUUUAA